UUUUUAUUUAAAAUGAUACUUAUUUAAACAGGUACUUAUCGUUUAUUAUUGAGACGAGAACAAGUUCAUAAAGUAGUCCUUAAUCAAUUAAUAACAACCGACUUGGAUCCACAACCAAUGUCUACAUCAGAUGUUGCGUGGUGUUGGUUUGGAUACAAUUUCACCGACGACGGAAAAAAUCUUGAAAAUUUAGCGGUAAAAUUCAAAACAUGCAAAUUGUCGCAAACGUUUCGUGAAGUAGUUCAGAAAGCCAUAGAUUCGGUCAAAGAAAAUCAAGUCAACAAGAAUAUUCCGACGACUGUUACGGGAUUUGUUGAAGAUAGCGGUGGAUAUGAAGAAGAACAACACACCGAAAGUAAUGACGAAGAUGAUUAUGAUGAGGAUGAAGAACGUUCAAUAAUGUUCCGGAAUAAAUGCGAUUUAUCGGAACAAGACUCGUCUGGGAAAUGGAUACCCCUUGGAAGUGGUGAUAUAACUGUUUCUUACGACCAUGAAAUCUUUGGGGCCAGAAUUCACUUUACCCAAGAUGACGUAGAGCUUAGUAACACCAUGAUUGGAAUGAAUACAGUUAUGACUAUUAAUGAUACAAAUUGUUCUUGGAGAGCUGUUGAAUGGGCCAAUCAAAUAUUCGAAUGGAGAACUUUACAAGCAUCGUUUUCAAAUGAAAAUGACGCAGAAACAUUCCACUUGAGUUUUAUGGAGGGGUUAGAGUAUGCACAACAAAGUGAUAUCGUCGAUAAUGUACCGCCGCUCCACAUUGAAGGUGAUUAAAAGAUUUUUGACUCUUUUUUUUGUAUUUUUUUAAAAAAUGUUGAGAAUAUUUUUAAAUUUGUUUUAUAUCUAUGUUUUCUUUAAUGUAACGCUCUAAACAAUAAUGUUUACACAUUAUUUGUAAGUAAAAUAAACAACUUUCCUGACUUUAUUUAUAGUUAAAUGUCUAUUUUUUUUUGUAUAUAAAUAGAUACAAAGCAAAUGCGUUAUCUUGUCAGUAUUGUUAAUAAUAAGAAUUACUUGAUUAAAAAUUUACUUCAUUUA